GCGCCCCUCACUCGCCUCGUCCAGUCGUCCUGCAGCUAAUAUCUCUCUCUUCUCUCUCUGGUCAUCGUCCGGCUUCAAGGACGUGACCAUCUCAGCAAACAUCGUGAUACAGAAGACAAUUCUUGAGCUCGUUCUUCCCCACCAUAUUUUGGUGGAUUUCUUCAAGCGAUUCGCGUGGAGUUCCACCCGACCAUCGAUAUCUUUUUCAUCAUUGUGUUGGAUUGAGCUCUGUUUCUUUUCUCCUGAAGUCCUGAACUUUUGCAUUCAGUUGGUGUAAAGAAAGGUCUUCCCCGCCCAUUCUCCAUCAUAUCCUGUCGAUUUGUCUCCUGAACCCCCAAUCUUUUCCAUCAUCUCUUCUUGUGCGAUAAACAGGCGCCAUUUUUAAGGUGCUCUUUGUCGCAGCAUUUUAGCAGUUCCAUCUGAGCAAAGCGAAGCGCAUUCCUUCUUUGCUUGGUGCCAUUAAAAGCCUUCCUUUUUUUGGCUGCAAAUCUAUCUCCGUCCUUCGACCAAUCCCUCCAUCGGCUGCGGAGCUCUAGGAACAAAAAUCUUCCUCCUAUUCCAGCAUCAAAAUCCAAAUCCAUUCUCCCCUUGAGCAAAAGAAUCUUCGCUGCGUUUCUUGCCAAUCCGAUGGGGAUGGUCGGGGAGAGGCUGAGAGCCUUCUCGACGAACCGAUGGCUCGUCUUCGUGGCCGCAAUGUGGCUGCAGUCCAUGGCCGGCAUCGGGUACCUCUUCGGCGCCAUCUCCCCCGUGGUCAAGGACGCCCUCGGCUACAACCAGAGGCAGGUGGCGGCGCUCGGCAUCGCCAAGGACCUGGGGGACUGCGUCGGGUUCCUCGCCGGCUCGCUCUCCGCCAUGCUGCCGCCCUGGGGGAUGCUGCUCAUCGGCGCCGUGCAGAACUUCAUCGGAUACGGCUGGCUCUGGCUCAUCGUCACCAAACAGGCCCCCGCGCUUCCCCUCUCCAUGAUGUGUGUCCUUAUUUUUUUUGGAACCAACGGCGAGACAUACUUCAACACAACUUCACUUGUUACAUGCAUCCAGAAUUUCCCGAAGAGCAGAGGCCCAACUGUGGGCAUCCUGAAAGGAUUUGCUGGCCUUAGCAGCGCAAUUAUAACUCAAUUAUAUGCAGUAAUGCACACACCAGACAGUGCAACUCUUGUCUUCAUGGUUGCAGUCGGGCCAUCACUUGUUGCCCUUGGCCUGAUGUUUGUUAUUAGGCCUGUGGGGGGUCAUCGACAAGUGCGAGCAUCUGACAAUAACAGCUUCAUGUUCAUCUACACCAUCUGCUUGCUCCUCGCCUCAUAUCUUGUUGGUGUCAUGCUAGUCCAAGAUUUCCUGGAACUGAGUGACGAUGUGGCUACCUCUCUCACCGUGAUUCUUUUCAUCUUGCUUAUUUUGCCAAUUGCGAUCCCUGUGACCUUGACAUUUUUCUCAAAAAAUGAAUAUCCAUGUUCAGUUGAAGAGGCUCUGCUGUGUGAAUCACCUAAAGGACAGGCAAGUACUUCAGAAGAAAGGGAGGAUCAACCAGAGUUAAUUCUAAGUGAGGUGGAAGAAGAGAAGCCUAAAGACAUGGAUUUAUUGUCCCCAUCUGAAAGGAGGAAAAAAAUUGCAAAGUUGCAGGCCAAGUUAGUGCAAGCUGCAGCAAGAGGUGGGGUUAGAAUCAGGCAAAGACCACGCAGGGGAGAUAACUUCACCCUGAUGCAGGCAUUAGUCAAGGCUGAUUUUUGGCUUAUUUGGUUAUCGCUUCUACUUGGGUCGGGGUCAGGCCUGACAGUGAUCGACAAUCUGGGUCAGAUGAGCCAAGCUGCUGGGUAUAUAGACGUGCAUAACUUUGUGUCAUUGACGAGCAUAUGGAACUUUCUUGGCCGUGUUGGAGGUGGCUACUUCUCUGAAAUUAUUGUCAGGGAUCAUACAUACCCAAGGCACAUAGCACUGGCACUCGCUCAGAUCCUGAUGGCUGCUGGGCAUUUCCUUUUUGCAAUGGCUUGGCCUGGAACCAUGUACAUGGGAACCUUCUUAGUUGGGCUUGCAUAUGGAGCUCACUGGGCCAUUGUGCCGGCUGCCGUCUCUGAACUUUUCGGCGUAAAACACUUUGGGGCAAUGUACAACUUUCUCACAGUAGCAAACCCCACAGGGUCACUCAUCUUCUCAGGUCUCAUUGCCAGUACCUUCUAUGACUAUGAAGCUGAAAAACAAGCACAAAUGAUUCCUGGCAUGGGUUCGCUUGCAGAAGAAGGGCCACUCAAGUGUGAAGGCGCUGUUUGCUUCUUCGUGAGCUCAUUGAUCAUGUCUGCGUUUUGUGUUGUGGGAGCUGGCUUGAGCCUGGUCAUUGUUUACAGGACCAAGUCCGUGUACAGACAUCUUUAUCGAUCUGUCCGGCGAUGAAGAUCAUGCUGAAACUCCCCUGCUACUGUUCCAUCAUGUACUAUAAGUUAUUGAAUAUGUGGUUCAGGAAUCAAGAUACACGCAGCUAAAGUUCAUUUGUAAAGUUUGUAAAUAUACAAGCCCUUUUUGUCCAAAUGUGGCUCUUGUAAUUUUUUUUUUUAGAAAAACAGGGAGGUGAUCCCCGGUUCCAUUAUUGUGGCUCAUGUAAUUAUCAUAUAUACUACAUAUGCCUGUAAUUA